GUUAAAACUGGAGGUGAUGAUUAAAUUCUCAACAACACGCAGCUCAGCAGCACUGAGUCUUGAUGAUGACUAUCAUGAUUCGUGUUUAUCUCUCUACAAUGCUUUCAAGUCCUCUCACACGGGAGAGAUUUGGAAGAUCAGAGAGAUUUGGAAGAUUCCUGGCGAACACAAGUUGAUAGGAGUCAUCAGUGUAGAUUCGCCAGGAAGACUGGAUUCUUGGGCUGAGUCUUCUUGGGAGCAUUUGGUAAAUGGAAUUUCUACUGUUUUCACCCCAUUGCGGCCUUACGAAGAUUUUGCCGCCAAUGUUAGGGACUGGCUGAAGGAAGAUGUCAAUAUCAGUCCUGAGUAUUGUCCAUCAAAAAGCGGUCUACAUUAUUUUCUCACAUUUACAGUGGAAUAUGAAGGCAUGACACAAGAAGAGCUCUUCAAAGUCUGGAUUGAUGAAGCAAAAGCUGCUCUGGAAGCGAAGAAAUCUGGAACUAUAUUGGACUUGUGGAAAGUGGUGGCACAACGAAAGGUUUUUGCCAUCGUGUGUGUUGAAAAACCAGGAGACCUGGACCAGAUAUCAUUUGAAUUGCCAAUCAUGAAGAAGAUAGGCGAUAAAGUCCAUAUCACAUGCAAAUCUAUUCGACAAGCUGAUGACUGGAUGAAAGAAGUCGAAGAGAAGAUUUUUAUCGCGAAAUCGACGACAGCCAGCGGUUGAUGCCGGGGGCACUGCAUAUACUAAUGAGAGACUUUCAAUUCUCAAUUCUCUCUUAAAAAUGCUUCUAAUAGGGGUCUAUCCGACAUUUUUCAAUCGAAAUUAGCGUUUCUACAUUAAAGGAUUACUAUGUUUUGGAA